AUGAAAUUCUAUAUUAUUGCAUUUCUGAUAUUUGCUUCUUAUGGAGUAGAUAUUGAUAAGAAUACAUUUUCGAAUUACAGAGAAGUGAAGAUGCAGCAUUUACAUAUUGAAUGGUUAUUAAAUUUAAGAACAAAGAUUAUUGACGGAUCGGCUGAAUAUACAUUUAAAGUGACAACAGCAGAACUUAAAGAAGUUCAUCUGGAUAUAUAUUAAAUGGAAAUUAUGCAUGCAUAUUAUCCAAACGUGGGAAAAGUUUUGGAUUGGCAUGUAGAAUCGGAUCCAAAAUAAAGUCUAGUUUAGGGAGACAAACUCAUUAUUAAACUAGGAUAAUCGUACAAAUAUGGAGAUGUCUUUUAAAUGAGAAUUAAAUAUUAAAUAGGAGAGGCAGCAAGAGCGUUGAGUUUCUUGAGCAUUGAUUAAACUGAUGAUAAAAAGGCUCCUUACUUAUUUUCUUAAUGCGAGGCCAAUAAUUGCAGAUCGAUGAUACCAUUACAAGACACUCCAAGCAUAAAGUUUACUUACUCAGCAACUGUGCUUACUCAAGAUUCUUAAAUUAAUGUAUUUAUGAGUGGACUUCCUGUUGAGAAUAACAAGUUUGCAUUGAUGGAGUAGUAUAAUAUGAAUGGAAUUGCAAAAGUAUUCCAAUUUGAAUUAAAAAUCAAAAUCCCCGCAUAUUUAAUUGCCAUAGUAGCAGGAACAGUCUAAGAAAAAGCAACCGGUUAAAGGACAUCAGUAAUAUCUGAAGCCAAAAAUAUUGAUAUUUAUCAAAAGGAAUUGGAAGACUUAGAUAAGUAUGUUAAAUACUUAGAAGACUAUAUUGGUGAAUAUAAAUGGGGAUUCUAUAAAAUAGUAAUAUUACCAGCCUCAUUCCCAUUUGGUGGUAUGGAAAAUCCAUUGUUAACUUUUGCAAAUCCAUCCAUCAUAGUUGGAGAUAAGAGUGGUGUCAGUGUUGCUAUACAUGAAAUAGCUCAUUCAUGGUUUGGUAAUACCGUAACAUGUAAUAAUUGGUCUAAUAUGUGGAUCAAUGAAGGAUUUUGCGUGUUCUUGGAAAGAAAAGGAUUAUUACAAUUGUUUGGAGAAAUUGAUUAUGUUUAUGUUAACUCCUAAGUUGGUACAAAAGAGAUGAAUGCGUUGAUCAAAGAAUUCAAUACUAGUUCUGAUCCUGCUGUGAAAUCAUAUGCUAGUUUACAUCCAAUAACUGAAGACCACAAUGCAGAUGACAGUUUUAGUACUAUUCCAUAUGAGAGAGGAUAUUAAUUACUUUUCUAUUUAGAAUUUAUAAUUUCAGAAACUAAGUUUCAAUAACUAUUAAAAGAUUGGCUCAGAUAAAACGAAUAUUAAAGUGUUGAUGAGAAUGAUUUUUACAAUUUUAUGAUUACCUGGAUUUAAUCUAACUUUACAAUUGAAUAAUUCUUAACCAUGAAACAAUAAAUCGAUACUGUCUAUACUAAAUGGAUAUAUGAUACAGGUGCUCCUCCUGUAAAAUUGGGAUUUCCUAAUGAUGCUUCAACUUAAGCAACAGAUUUGGCAGAGGAUUGGCUUUCAUCAAGACCUGGAGAACAACCUUAGGGCUAUGAGAUUUUUGAUCAAUUCAAAUCAAACCAAAAAUAAUUGUUUUUGUCUUAUAUGCAAGAAAAAUACGUUAAUUUGAAUUCGAUAACUAUGAAGCAAUUGGAUUUAAGUUAUAAUCUUAGUGAGAAUAAAGACGCAGAAUUAUUAUUUAGAUGGUAUACGUUAUCUAUUCAAACCAAAUAUGCUACAACUAACACUAAUCUUAAUAAAAUUAGAACCUUUGUUGGCAAAAUAGGUAGAAUGAAAAUGAUCAACCCUAUUUAUAAGGCCUUGGAUAAGAAUACUGCUCAAACUUGGUACAAUGAAAAUAAAAAUUUUUAUCAUCCUUUAGCCAGACAAUCGAUUGAAAAUAUUAUCAAAAGCAAAGGCCAAUAUAUUAAUGUUGAAUUAUUAUGAAUCAAUUAUUCUAUUGAUGUGUGAAUUAAAUAUAAUA